AUGGCUGUAAAGAAAAGACAUGUUCAACUGAUCGAAUUAUUACUGAAAUAUGACAUUGACAUCAAUGCAUUUGAUAAUGAUUUACAUUCAGCUUUAUAUUACUGUGUAGAGCAAGAUGAUGUUGAUACACUCAAUCUCAUUAUGAAGAAAUCAAAAUUUCAGUACAAGGCCAAUGAAAAUUUACUAAUUGUGUGUAGCAGUAGGAAGAUGGCAACGUAUCUUAUUGACCACAAUAUUGAUACAAAUAUUAAGUUUAAAGAUGAAAAUGACAAGAGCAUCUUGCAUCAUGUUCGUAGCAAAGAGCUAGUUUAUUUUUACAUAGAACGAGGAUGUACCGUUCAUUAUAUUGAUAAAUUUGGACAGACACCUAUUUUUUGCGCUCGAUCCAGUGAUAUCCUGGAAAGUUUUUUGGACUUCCAUCCCAAUUUGCAUCACACCGACAAAAAAGGAAGAAAUAUUUUACACUACUUUACUGACGCAUCACUAGUUUCACUUAUAUGUCUACGGAUGACAGCAGAAAACAAAAGAAAUUUGCUAAAUUCUCCAGAUGUCCAUGGAAGGACGCCAAUUUUCUAUGCUGCAACUGCAGAAAUGUUACAUUUGCUUUUGUCUAACGGCGCAGUAGUAAUUCAUAAAGCCAAAGAAUACUCAUCAAGAAAUUCCGUAAGUGAAACAUAUGACUCGGGGGUGGGUGAAAUAAUAUAUUCUAGGGGCAUUGAAGAUGAUAAUUCCAUCACAACAAAAGAAAUCUAUCUGCAAAAUUGGGUUACUCAUUCCACGGGGAAAAAAACAACAUCAUCAGUAGAAGUAUUAUGCUCGCAAGAUGUUCAAUAUGAAAUGGCUACCUUAAGCAGUUCUGAUGAUUGUUCUAAUGCUUGCGAUUCCGAAACUCAUUCCGAUAAUCUGGAACUAUCAGAUUGUGAAAUAAAUUAUGAUCAUUGUAAAAGUAACUAUAACGUUCUCAUGUGGUCCGUUUUGCAAGGGAAAUUGAAUAUUGAAACACUCUCUGUCUUUCUCAAAUAUGACAUUGAUGCUUCAGAAAGAGAUGAGAAAGGACAUACUAUUUUCCAUUAUCUUUUAUCUCCAUUUGAAAGAAUCCGCAACAUACCGAGCAUAAUAGCAGAAAUAUUGAAAUACAAUGAUGAAAAACAAAGUAAGGCAAACGCAAUUACUACGAAAGACAUCUUAAAUAUGCAAGAUUGUCAUGGGAACACUGCGUUACAUUUCGCAUGUGCUUGUCGAGCUUUUAAUAAGUUUAAAAGACAGGAGUCCGAGGAAAUCAUGCAUUUACUUUUAGAUAACGGGGCUGAUCGAAAUAACUCUAACAAAUGUCAAGAAACUCCCUUACAUUAUCUUCUUAAAUGCAGAUGCAGAACAAAUAAAGCAGUUUAUAUACUGUCAAAUGGCGUCAACGUGAAUAGCUUUUGUAUUCAAAAGUGGCAACCUAUGCAUUUCGUUUUAUCCAUUCAGGAUUUCGGUGUUGAUUUUAUUGACACAUCAACAGAGAUAAUAUCAAAACUAAUUGAGGCUGGUGCAUGCAUUGACAGUCUGUAUUUGCCUGAAGGCUUCUUUCCUUCCAGUUGCAAUCCUAUUUUACUUGACUAUAUAUUGACUAAGUUAAACUUAUCGGAAACUGUAAUACAUCAGAUGGUUGAGAAUUGCAAAAACAGUCGAAACUGUGUCUUUUCAUGGGCAAACCUAGCAAUUAUAGAUUCUUAUAGAAAUAUAGCAAACUGUCGAGAACUAUUUGAGAAUGUGAGUGAAAGCAAUGAUUUCUCGUCAAAGCAUAGCGUCUUCAAACGAUGUUCACAGGUGUUACAAAAUGAAUACCUCUUGCUUUGCAUCCUUUCAUUUCUCUUCAAAGAUUCUAAGGACGAUAUCAAUUUACAAGAUGAGGAAGGUAAUACAAUACUGAUGACUGCUGUGCGGGGAAGUCUGGGCAUAAGGCUUGAUAUGUUUGAAUGCGUUAAAUUCCUUCUGAACCAAGGAGCAAAUCCAAACAUGACAAACCAUGCAGAACAAUCUGUGAUAAGCCAGUGCAUUUUAUCGAACGGAAAUGAAAAAUACGUUCAUAGAUGCUUAUGUGAAAUGAUAAAUCACGGUGCUAAAAUCGAUGACGCUACUCACUACAAAGAUGCUGCCAAAUCCAGUAGACUUCGAGCUUCUAUUCUGAAAUUAAUUCCAGAUCAUGUGUAUUCCAAUAUGAAAUACACCAUGGGGAACUCAUUUCACUAUCUGGUAAGGUCAUAUAGUCAAUUGUAUUCUGCCAUUCCAUCGAUUGCAUCGAUAUCAGAAUACGUUAAUAAAGGAAUUGACAUUAAUGGAAAGAAUGAUCAAGGUGAGACACCUCUUCAUCUGGCCCUAAGAAUGAAUACUCCAACACCUGUCGUAACUGAGUUACUUCGCAACGGAGCUAAGAUAAACUUAGAAAACGAUAACGGUGACACAGUUUUUCAUUAUUUGUUUAUAUAUCCGACAGUUUCACAAUGGGACAUGUUCGAUGAAUUCGUAAACUACAAUAAAGAUUGUUUGUACAAUGAAAAGGCGCUACAUCUCUUGGUGUCGAAAAUGACACCAGAUGUCUUGAAGAUUUUAUAUGUCUUUCUUAAUGACUCCAAUGUAAAUAUAAAUACAAAAGAUACUGACUGUAAUAGCGUUUUACACAAUGCAUGCACAGUAAAUACAAACGACGACAGUUGGUGCAUAUCGAUGCGUCCUCAUGUUGUUCGUCUUUUGGUAGCCAAAGGCGUACACCUGAACGAGGUUGACGUUUCCGGAUGCACGGUACUACACAGAGUUAUUAUGCAGUAUAACCAACUAAGUAUAAACAAUCCACAACGUUCUGAUGUCCGUCAUCUUCACAAUUUGAUCUCAAUAGUUUCGAUAUUUUUGUCAAAUUGUGCCGACUUGUCAAUUAAAGAUAAAGAAGGAAAAACCGCCUUGGAUUAUUUAGAGGAGUUCAAAUUAUCAGAUGUCCAAGCAAUGAUUGAGCGAAGAAUGACUCCAGAGGAGGUCAAUGAAAAAACAGUUUCUUCUAUCAUAUAUAACAUGUAUAAGGGGUGUCAUAUGUAA